AUUUUUUUCCCCCAAAUCUAGUUGAGUGGGCCUGUCGGGAUGGCUAUCUAUGGCUUCACGUGCUCUCCAAACAGACGGUCCAGUUUGAGGCCAUAGAUCCCAAUGGCGUGCAUCCCAUCAGCAGUUCGCUGGCCUCGCGCUGUGGCUACACCAUUAGCACCUUCAAGGCGGGUGGCUUCACAACCUUCAGAGCUUCGUACUACUCCUGCUUUACUCUGAUCCAGGUAGCGUGGCUUCACCCCAUCCAGAUCCUCGUACCAGGAGGUUGAAUUUUUUUCUUUUUUUUAAGGAUGACCAAGUGUUCACCUUCCAAUUUAAUGUGAUGGUGAGCGACGGCGGUUCCGAGUGGAUGAGCCAAUCUAUUUCAGCCGUGUGUUCUGGUCUGAGCUUAGUCCAGCGGGAGAUCAUGUGCGAGGAGGACUACAUGGAGGUGAAUGUCCAGCGGGAGGCUUCGUGCGACGCCCAGCCGGGACCAGUCGGACAAACUGAGCACGCGGCCAUUUCCCAGGCUCUGAAAACAGCCAGCUGGGCUUCUCAGCUGAUGUUCCUGGAAGCUGAUGGCCAUCUGACCUCGCUGUCAAUUGCGGAAGCGGAGAGCCGAGGUUACACUUUGAGCCUGACCGCCAAGAGGGCGGUGCUUCGAGCUCCCUACAAAACCGCCAAGGCCCAGCUGAUCCAAGUGGAUGGUGUCCCCGUCGUGUCGGUUGGCGUUUUUCUCUUCUAUAAGAUGCAGCUGAUGGUGGUGAUGAUUGACAUGUCCAUGGCCUGCACCGUCAUUUCAGCUUCUUUUGACGGCGUCCGGCUGGUGUGGGAUGUCCCCAGAGUGCCCAGGCCUCUCCUCGACGAGGGAGCGGCGUUUAAAAGUCUGAAGCGGCGUCUGGAGGUGGACGGUGUGAUGCUGGACGAGCUGAGCGCCGCUGCUAAGGGUUUCAGUCUGCUCCAACAAGAACAGCUGGUCCGAAUCUCGGUACCCUUUGGCGCUGAGGGCGGCUACAAAAAGAGUUUGGUGGUCAACAACAUGUACAAGGAGACGUUUGUGAUUUCUCUACUGUAUGAACAUCUGUUCCUGGCUGAGUAUCAAGACGGUGGCAGCGUUGAAACAAAAGUCCGACUUGUCAGGGUCCUCGAAACCCCGCAGCUCUGUCGGCUACCUUUCAGCCUUAACCAGACGGCCAUCGACAAGGGCGUGUUCGGAAUUUAUCUGGGCAACAUUCCCGGUGAUGUCAUUUUAGAAAAGGUCCAAGUGAAUCACAAGCAGAUGGCGAUGGAGGCAACGGAAGGCGGACUGGUCGUCACCCCCGUCGUGCAUCUCAACGGCAGCCGAGCUUACAAACUCCACCUUGCCUUUACCAAUGCUGCCGUUCGGAGGAUGUACAUGGGGGAAGGUUUGGUCCAAUACGCCAUCGACGUCAACUUCACUUUGACCAAAAUGCCCGAGAAGGAGUCCUACUAUCAUCACACCUUGAUCAUAGCCCAAGUCUUGAGCGCAUAUCCACCAAAGAUCACGGCUCAGUGUUUGGACCGAGGAAUGGUCUUCAGCGUGGCCGUGUCUUCCGGAGCGGAGUCCCUCUGGGAGGUGGGCGUCGACCAGGAGCCGCUGACGCCACAACUGGCCGCUCAAAGAGGCUACAAACUCCUCAACGACAGUCAACAAAUCGUUUUGGAAGUUCCCGUCUUUUCCAUCGGCUACACUUAUGACGACGUCAACCUGUCCAACUUUUAUGGGACGUUCAAGCUUCUUCUUCGAGAUGCUAAAACUCUGGAGGUUCAGACGUCCACAUCCAAACACUGUCUCUUCAAAACUGAAGACAUGAUAGUAUGUUCUGCGGAUGGCAUCAUAACGGUGGUGACAACGCCCACGGCGACCUGGCCCGCAGUGCAGCCGGAAAGAACCACCCUACUGGACCCAACCUGCCGACCCAAAGAGACGGACGCCACUCGGGUCCUUUUCCAGUUCAAGCUGAACUCGUGUGGGACCAGGACCACGGUUGGAGACUACAUGCUUUACGAGAACGAGAUCCUUCACGACAGACGGCUCAUUGCAGAUGGAGCCAAUUCCAUCUCCAGAGAUUCUCAGUUCAAGUUGACUGUGAGGUGCUUUUAUCCGCUAAGUGGAAUUAACAGACUGACGGUGGAUCGGGUCUCCAGAGCUAAAACUACUGGAUUUGGGUCAAUCGACGUUUUCGGAAGCCUCACAGAUCCAAAGAAUCUUCCUCCUGACUGUAUACAGCAACUUUCUAGACAUGCAAUGAUUAGCCAAUCAGAAACGGCGCAUGCCCGGGUGCCAGAAGUUGAGUCCGAGCCUGAACGCCAAAACGAGAUGCAGCUCAAACUCCCGAGCCAGCAAACGGAAGCGCCACCCAAUGAGGACGUUCCAACACCUCCUCCAUCCACAUCUCCAAACAAAGACCGGCAAGAAGAAGGAUUUCCUUUAAAGUACGACUACUUGACACUGCGCCGCCUUCAGCCAUCGCAAGGGUACGACUACUCCGUUCCAAGUUUCCGUCCGGAAAGCUCUGCUCCAAGACGGAAUUGGGCUCCUGUAAGCCAAAGAGAGUUCAUAAAGCCAAACGAGCCUCGGUGGAACUCUAAGAAGCAGCCCAGUGAGGGACAUCGGCAUUCGGGCCCAUAUCACUCGUUCCAGACCAACCGGUACCAGAGGCCUGGUAAUGCUCCUCACAUUCCAGUUCCUCAGAACUCUGCAGAAUUUAGCCACAUCCCUAACAAACAAAUCCCUUUUAACAAUGUUCAAAAUAUUCGAGUUAAACCUCAAAGCAGACUCCUUUUUCCAAAUCACAACCAGCAAAUAUUUCACUCUGGUGAGACGGCAGCCAGCAGUGCAAACAGUCGUGGCAAAAUGUCUUCCAUUGUGAAUAACGUUGUUGAAAUACCAGGACCAUCUCCAAGUAUGAAUGGACCCGGUUUCGGAGGAUUCUUGGCACCAGUAUCGAGCUGGUCUCGUGGGGUGUCGUCCCUUAGCGGCCCUGUGAAAGAUGCUCCAGUGUUGAGUGUCCAAGAACUAAGCGCUCGUGACACUGACGAGAAGGUCAUGGGCUCUACUGCUUCUCAAAUGGCUUCGGGUUUGUCGAGGCGCUCCAAUCAAAAGAACUGUCGCAGCAUGUCUGACGAAUACGGAGCCAGUGUUCACCAUGGGAUCAUUCGAGGGAUGGAAGGAUUUGAACAAGCGGCGGUGGAAAAAGGCCAGAUGGGGUGAGAAUGCGUGAUUAGAAGAUGGCGGCCUCAAGUUGUUGUUUAUAAUUUCAAUAAAAGUAAAGUUGUGCUUUA